AUGGACGCGUCCGGGCCCGCGCGGGUGCAUCCAACCACCGCCGACGGCGAACUCGCGCAAUCGCAAUCGCACCGAAAACCCGAGUCGCUCGGGGGCGCGCGCGGCGACGAUGCCGGUAACUCGCCUCGGGACGCCUCGUCGGAGCCGGAAGACCCGGUCGAGCGAUUCGCGGUGAUGAGGGCGCUCGAGACGCUGAGGGACGAGCACGCGGAACCCCACGAGCGGACGUCGGCGUGCGAGCGCCUCCGAGACUUUGCCCGCGCAACCCCGACGGUCCUCGCCGGACGUCGUCGACAGAUUCGAGGACUUCUCGGCACGUGCCUCCCGAUCCUCGCGCGGGUGUUUCACCCGUUCCCGAGGGCGGCGAGCGACGGCCCGCCGAGGGACGACGCCGACGUUCGAGCCGCCGCGCUCCGGGCGUACAUCGCGGCGGCGUACGGGCAACGGGAGACGGACGACGACGACGACGACGCACAGCUGGCGGCUGAUUGGCGGAAAAACGUAAGCGCCGUCGAGGCGUUGGCGGCGACGGCGACGUCCUCCCGCGCCGCCGUCGCCCCGCGCGUGUCCGCGCUGGACGUCAUCGGGCGAUGCGCCGGGGAGGUCCGCGGGAUCUUCGCCGACCGAGCGCGACAGACCGUGGGCGGCGACUCGUACUCGCGUGGCGGCGUCGACGUCGAUUCUUUCGACGAAAGAUUCGACGAAAGAUUCCGCGCGACGGUCGAGGCUGUCGUCCGUGCGGCCACGUCGACGCCGAACGAGCACACCGACGAGGAAUGGGCCGCGGUGAUGGAGUGCGCGUGCCGACUCUGUCCCCACUACCACCCGCCCCGGGACGGGAGUAGCACGUUGGGCGCCGAGUUGGUCCGUUCGCUCGGGUCGGCGAACGAUCGCGUCGCGGGAUCCGCGGCGAGAAUCGCCGGUAAGCUCGCGUGGCCCGACGUCAUCGAUGAGCGACGCAGCGACGUCGUCGACGCGCUCGUCGCGCUCACCGCGUCCGAGGGCCGCGCGGCGUGGGUGCGUCACGCCGCGGCGCUCGCCGUGGGCCGCGUGGGCGCCGCGCGGGAUGGAUGGCGGAGAUCGGCGGGAUCGACGGCGCCCUCGACGGCGCCCUCGACGGUACCCUCGACGGCACCCUCGACGGCACCCUCGACAGCACCCGUCGCGAACGAAACUUCGAACGCCGGCGAAGACCCCCCGAGGUCGCCCGACGACGCCGCAUUCGUCGACGCGGCGGCUCGCGUGGAUUCGCUCGUCGUCGAUUCCGCGCGGGAUCGAGCCCCCGACCUUCACGUUCCCUCCAUCGGGAACGCACCGCACCACCACGGACCGCACCACCAGCAGCAGCGACGGACCCCACGCGACGCGCUCGCGGCGGCGCUGACGGACCCGUGCGGCUUUGUUCGCGUCGCCGCGACGCACAGCUGUGCGCGCGCGAGUAAAGCCGAUUGCGUCGGCGCGAUGCAUCUUUUGCUGCCGAACCUGAGAGCCCGCGACGCGUACCUGCGGGAGGCGACGUGCAGGGCGCUGACGGCGCUGUGGACGGAGGAACACGUACCUGCGAUGGGUGCCAUCCCCGCGGGAGAGGGCGCCGCGGCGGGGGCGGAGACGGCGGCGGAGGGGGAUGUCAAGACGGAUGUCAAAGCAGAGGUCAAAGCGGAGGUCAAAGCGGAGGUCAAAGCGGAGGUCAAAGCGGAGGUCAAAGCGGAGGUCAAAGCGGAGGUCAAAGCGGAGGCUGAAGCGGCGGAGGCGAAAACGGAGGCGCCUCCUUCCGAUGGCUUGCCCCACCCACCCGCGUUGAAGACGAAGACCCCCGGGGAACUCGCGCGGCUCAAGCUGAUGGCGGCCACCGCGGCCAACGUGGCGCCGCUCCUCGACGACGCCGACGGCGGAGUCCGUGAAGCCGCCGCCGAGUGCAUGGGCCACCUGAAGGAAUCCGCCACGGCGCACCUCGACGCGUUGCGCGCUCUGAUGAAGGACGACCGCGAGGAGGCGGUGCGGGACGCGGCGGUGGACGCGAUGACGCGACUCGGGUUUUAUAACCCGCUGACUGGGAGCGUGAAGCAGCGGGGUUUCUACAGGACGUGGCGGCCGAGGAGGGACGGCGAAGGAAGCGGCGGGAGGCGGCCGGCUUCUUCGUUGUCGAGGACUCGAGCGUGCGAGGUUGGCGCCACCGUCCGGGUGUGGUGGCCAGACGAUGCGCAGUUCUACGAAGCCCGGAUCAAGGCGUGGGACCGCGAGCGGGACGUGCACACGCUGCUGUACAUCCUCGACGGCGUCGAGGAGGAGCUGGAUCUGAAAAAGGAGAGGGUCGAGUUGCGAUACAAGCCGCACAAGCGCGGCGCCAAGGAGUCCUGGCUGCCCAUACGGGAGAAGAAGGAGAAGAAGGAGAAGAAGCCCAAGAAGGAGCCGCGGGAGAGGAAACCACGGGCGCCCAGGCCGCCGAAGGACCCACGCGAGAAGGGGGUCAAGCGCGCGGAGGUGACGGUGGAGAAGGUUGGUAAGGGUCGCGCGGUGCCCGUCGGCGCGCGGGUUCGCGUGUUUUGGCCUUUGGACGACGCGUGGUACGGCGGCGAAAUCGUCGGACACAACGAUAAGGAGUCGGUCAACAAGCAGGGCGAGCUCAAGGUGACCAAGCUCCACACCGUUCUCUACCACGACGGCGUCCGGGAGGACCUAAACUUCGACAAGGAAAAGGUCCAGUUGGUAUCCGUAGGCGCCGGCGACGGAAUCCCGCCGCUGGACGGCCAGCCGCCGCUUCGCGUCCCGAUCGUGGGCGGGAACCAGCCGGGGUGGAUCUUACCCAACGCGAGACGGGGCGCGGAGCGCGUCGCGGUGUGCGGCGAGGGCGGCGUCGUCGUUCGCGAGAUGUCCCUCUUGGACUUUCACGACGAGUACGUGGUAUCCGCAUCUGGAAACAAUUCCGGGGACACAAACAAAGAAUCCUCCGGAAACGUGGGACAGAAGCGAUGGCGGCGAACGCUGUCGUUCGACCCGGCGCGGUGUGGCGAGCGCCUCAGACGCCGGGGCGGGUGCGCCAAGGCUGUGAGCAUCGGUCGGUGGCUGGCGAAUCAGGGCGCGGCGUGGGGCGACGCCGUCGUGGGGCGUCCGGUGAAGGUGAGGCCGAGCGGGUGGUCGUACGGGGAGCGCGACUACGCGGAGGCGGAGCGGUCGGACGCUCCCACGCGUGGAACGGAGGUUUCCGGAUCGAACCCCGCCGAGGCUGCGUGCGUCGGGGAGAAACGGAAGGCGCCCGAGCCAGGCGCGAACGCGGACGAAAGCGCCGAACGUCGGACCCCCAUCCUCGGUAUCGACGGUGGACGUAAAAAGUCUUUGAAGGACAUAUACGAGGAGGAUCCUCGUUCAUCCUCCCAGCCGGAGAAGGACGAGGAGGCGGCGGCUGGGGAUGGCGAAACCGCCGCCGUCGAACCGGCGGACGACGACGGUCUGGGUGGUGACUCACCGGGUGGUGACUCACCGGGUGGUGACUCACCGGGCGACGAAACAGACGACGAGACGGAGUGGCGAUCCGCGUCCAUUGUCGGGUUCAACGCGCAGACCGGCGACCACCAGAUGUUGUACUCGGACGGAACGCGCGAGUGGCUGCCGCUCAUCUUGCACGAGACCAAGCCGGCGAGCGACUGA